UAUCCUAUUCCUUCCUACCCCAACUUCUUCGGGAUUACAUCACACAACACUAACACACCUUCACAGCACACACAACAUUAUGGCGUGCUCAUCGUCAACGCCGGCGGCGUGGUGGUUCACCAUCGCGGUAUUGUUCUUUGUCGUCGCCGCCGCAUCGGCCGGGUGGAUCUCCGAUGAUCCGAACCCAAUCCGAAUGGUGCCAGACGAGCUCCGAGAAGUGGAGGCGGAGGUGGUUAGGGUCGUCGGGCGAACCCGGCACGCUCUCUCUUUCGCUCGGUUCGCCGUCAGACAUGGAAAACGAUAUGAGAGUCCCGAAGAGCUGAAGAUGCGAUUUGAAGUGUUCUCUGAGAACAAGAGGCUCAUAAGAUCUACUAACAGAAAGCGAUUGUCGUACACUCUCGCCGUUAACCAUUUUGCCGAUUGGACUUGGGAGGAGUUCAAAAGGCACAGACUAGGCGCAGCACAAAAUUGCUCUGCUACCCUUAAGGGCAAUCAUAAGCUUACUGAAGCUGUUCUUCCUGAGACGCAAGACUGGAGAAAAGAAGGUAUUGUUAGCCCAGUCAAAGAUCAAGGCUCCUGCGGAUCUUGCUGGACAUUCAGCACAACUGGAGCUUUAGAAGCAGCCUAUGCACAAGCGUUUGGAAAGAGCAUCUCUCUUUCUGAGCAGCAGCUAGUGGAUUGUGCUGGUGCUUUCAAUAACUAUGGUUGUAAUGGUGGGUUGCCAUCCCAAGCUUUUGAAUACAUCAAAUACAGUGGUGGACUUGACUCAGAGGAAGCAUAUCCCUAUACCGCGAAGAAUGGUGUCUGCAAAUUCAAUGCUGAAAAUGUUGCUGUUCAAGUCCUUGACUCUGUCAAUAUUACCUUGGGUUCUGAGGAUGAAUUAAAGCAUGCAGUUGCUUUUGUUCGGCCAGUUAGUGUGGCAUUUCAGGUGGUUGAUGGUUUCCGAUUCUAUAAGGAUGGUGUUUACACUAGUAACACUUGCGGUAGCACAUCCCAGGAUGUAAACCAUGCUGUUCUCGCUGUUGGGUAUGGUGUUGAAAAUGGUGUCCCAUAUUGGCUUAUUAAAAAUUCAUGGGGAAAAUCAUGGGGUGACGAUGGUUACUUCAAGAUGGAGCUGGGGAAGAAUAUGUGCGGUGUUGCUACUUGUGCCUCGUAUCCAAUUGUGGCUUAGAUAGUACGGUUGUGGAGUUAUGGUGCCUUCCUGGCUUCGAUCUCUCGUCUCAUGGCUACAUAGUAUAGCUGUUGCCAUUAAAGUAUUAUCUAUUGUAUGAUGGCUCCUACUUGGUAGUGUACAAAAUAAGUAAGGAUUGGGGAUUCUCUUUAUAUUGUUGUAAACCACAUAAAAAACCAGUGUAACAUAUGUAUCACAAUGACAGACAUUUUGGCGAACAUAAACCCAAAUACAAUAAAAUAUUAAAAUUAUUUGUA